AUGACCUCACCGAAGCCAUCGACGCUUGGGCAUGAUGUGCCGACGGAGUAUAUUCGCACCCUCGACGCAAAGUUGCUGCCACCGCGGGUGGGGCACAACUGGCUCGACCCGGCAUUCCGCAAGGCGCAGGACAAGCCACAACAGCUGGAGGCGGAAUUCCGCGGCAAGCGGGCCUUCGUAUCGCGCGGCAUGUACGAUCAUACUCCACCAGAGGGGCUGGGCCAGACGGCGCAUCAGCUCAUGCACGCCCUGUCGACACGGCGGGCCGAUGAUGCUGCAGGCGACCGGCGGGCCAACUAUACCACGUUGUCAGAUAAGGUACUCCGCUUCUAUGCCUUCUUUACGGAAAAGGCGCCUGAUGGAUGCAUUGAGGAGUACUGGCAUCGCCGCGUUGUGAUCAACUUCUACCCGGAGGACGACACGGUGCUUAUACAGGAGCCGCCUAUCCCCAACAGUGGACUGCGCGGGGGGACGUAUCUCAAGCGGCAGCCGGUGCGUGCCGACCCGCGGCAGCGGGAGGAGUUCCCCAGAGAUGAGUUCUUGACGAUCAAUCACUUCAACGUGGGCCGUGCAGUGCGUAUCAACGCAGUAGAGUUUUUCCUCUACGAUUGUGAUAACUUUACGCGGGAGUUCCUCACCUCCAUCGGCGUCGAUGUUGGUGCCCCAACGAUAUGCCCGGACUCUUCAUUCAUGUCGGACUGGAAGCGGACGCAGGAGCGGAUGCAGUCCGGCAAAUUCGGCAUACUCUCGCAGGACUACCACGGUGACGAGGCGGUGCGUGCGGCCCGCUUCGUGCAGGACAGCGGGAAGGUGUUGCGCUUCUACGGCAUUUUUGAUGAGCGGAAGAAGGUGACAGGCGGAGUUGUGCGCAAGCUGGAGGUACUGUACUUCGUCGAGGACGACUCCAUCGCGGUAGUGGAGCGUCCAACAUCGAACGAGGCGACACCGUCGCUGUUCCUUUCGCGCGGGUGGCUGCCGAAGACGGGCUCUAUCGCAAAGGUGAACGAGCUCACCUUCGCCCACCGCGUGAAUGGUAUGCGGGAACCGUACGUCGGGCCCGAGGGGCACUAUAACGCGCCGGACCUGAACAUUGGUGAGACACUCAACGUCCUUGGCCGCCAAGUGUUUUUGUACGACUGCGACGACUAUACACGGUCUUUCUACGCCCAGGCGCUUGGCAUUACACUCCGCGACGCGGUGGAUUGUCUCGGUGAGUUCGGCCUUCCGCGGGAGUCGAACUUUAUUGCGUUUCGGGCCGGUGCCAUUCCUACUACGGCGCCUGCUCUCGGACCUACUACUGCUGAUGUGGGUGGCGAUUUAGAGAAGCAAGCACCGUACAAGGUGAGGGAUGUACUCCGCUUCCUUCUGCGCUUGGCACCCCCAUGUUCCCUCGCUGAGCGUCAGCGCCGCUUCACCCUUACGUACUACACUGAGACGGAGGAUGCCAUGGUGUAUGAGUCUCGUAUACGAAACUCCGGGUAUAUGGGCGGCUGCUUCAGCCGCCGGCGGCGCCUGCCGAAGAAGUCGGACGACCCCGAUGCGCACUACACCGUUGAGGACAUUGCAUUGGGCAGCGUUGUCGUGGUGAAUGGGCACCGGUUUGAGGUGGUCAACAUGGAUGAACACACAGCGAACUACCUCGCAGGUAAGAAUGCACCGAUUAUGAACGAGGAGAAGCUGGAGCUUCUGAUUGCCUCAUUCCGUCUCUUCUUGGGUACACGCUUCCACAAUUUCAAGGACGCCUUCCUCGGAUUCGACCGAGACAAGGACGGUGUGAUAAGCGUCGCUGAGUUCGUGGAGCACCUGGAGGAGCUGCAGAUCACGGAGCGGCGGAUGGAUGGGCAGGCGCUCUUUGAUAGCAUCGCACAGUGCCAGGAGACGGGUUACUUAACAAUGGAGGAUUUCGUGCGGUGGAUAUCCAAGACUCCAGCCAAAGACAAGGAGACGCAGGACAGGGAGGCCAUUGACGUCGAUGACCGUGCAGUGUGCCGAAAAGCGCUGCGUCAACUCUGCGAGCGGCUUGAGGCGCGGUGCCUCAACAGCGCGCAGAUGUUCCGCCUCGCCUCCACCAUGCCGCGCGCGUACACCGAGCGCAGAGCCGACAUCUACUCCUUGACGAACCCGAACCGCGACUCCUAUGUGACGCCGGUGCAGCUGCGCCGCUGCAUCGAGGACGUGCUUGGCGGCAACCCCACCCCGCGCGAGAUGGACGCGCUGCUGGCGUUCUUCUUCCCCAACCUGCCUCGGGAGGCGUACCGCAGAGUGCGUGAUGUGGGUCUCGACCACGCACUUGAUCUCAAGGCGUUCCAGAAGAAGUACCACGAGAUGGUGGAGCUUCGCCUGCUCGCCGAGAGUGAAAAGGGCGCUGACAGCCAGAAGGGGAGGAGGACGGAAGUGGCAGCGUGA